GCGCGGAACAUUAGGUCAGUUUUAGCGCCAUUCACUUGUAGACAAAUGUAUAUUCACCUGACAAGGUCAGCGAGUCUUCUCUCCUGCCCGCAUUUCUAUCAUUACGCAAACUCAAUGCACGGUACAUUACUAAGAACAGAUCGUAACAGUCGAGAUUUUCACAAUGGAACGGUGGUUGGGAAAAGUCGCGCUCGUCACCGGUGCGAGCAGUGGAAUCGGCGCGGACAUCGGGCGAACACUCGCGAUAAACGGGAUGAAGGUGAUCGCUGUCGCACGACGGAUGGAAAAGUUGCAAGAACUGGCCGCGGAUGUUCAAAGGAAAUGCAACGCGAAAUUACAUCCCAUACGAUGCGACGUUCAAAAAGAAGAAGACAUUCUCGAGGUAUUCAAGUGGGCGGAAAAACAUCUGAAUGGUGUUGAUGUUUUGAUUAAUAACGCUGGUGUCCUCUCGACGGUGUCGCUUUCAGAAGAGAGCACGGAAAAUUUGCAAAACAUUUUGAACGUAAACGUGCUCGGGACGGCAAUUUGUUCGCGCGAACUUAUUCAAUCCGUCAAAAAACGGAAAACAUCAGGUCAUAUCAUAAAUAUAAGCAGUAUAACCGGACACAUUGCAGACUUUUUAUCAACAAAUAUGAGUAUAUAUCCGGCCAGUAAAUAUGCAGUAAGAGGUAUGGCAGCAACCUUACGCGGUGAUUUGGCAAAAGAAAAGUCAGAC